AUGGCUCACAGCGACUCCGAGGAUGAACAGGAACCUUUUGAGGAUGUCGAAGAGUAUAACGAGGAAGAUCCUGAGGACUUGGAUGCUGCUGAGGAAGCUACUGAAGACGGAGACGACGAUUCCCCUUCUGAUGACACCGAAGAUGGAUUUGAAGAGGCUGAAGAUGAUGAUUCAGAGCCAGCAAUUGAUAUUACUGGUGACUUGUUGAGCGAGGCAUUUGCCCAAGUUGAAGCAAGUGCUGCCGCAGAGAAUACUGGCAGUUCCAGCAGAUCUCCUGAGCCAGACGAAUUCGACAAGCAGGAACAGAGUAAAGUCCCGUCUCCUGCACCACCUCCGCGUCUCCGUAAUCGGCCUAUUUCACCCUCAGGAGCCCGCAAAAGGGCUCUUCGACUUGCGAAGGUACCUCGAGGCUUCGUAGUCGAGGCAGUUUGCGCCAUUCCCCAUCCUGCUCCUACCAAUGCCCUUGCAGCCUCUAGUUGCAUGAGCCAUCUCCUUACCGGUUCAGAAGACGGCUACAUUCGCGAUUAUGACAUUUUCACGGCUUUGAACUCAAAGAAUUUUCUUUCUGCUCCUCAAAGACAACACACAGGUGUUGUAGAAGGUCUCAUGAAGGCCGGCCAUCAUCGGUUUUGGUGGGAAAACAACCUUUCUUCAAACUUUUCGGGUGUAAAUGAAGAUCGCACUCUAGUGCCAGUGCACAGUCUGGCCAUGCAUUCUGAUGCUUUAUGGGUCUUGGCUGGUACCAAUUGUGGUCCUAUAAACCUCUUCACGGUCCGUCACGAACCUGGACGUUUGUGCCAUACAUUAGUCGGACAUCGCGACCUGGUGUCUUCGCUAUCUUUGAAUCAUGACGAGAAAAGCUUAUUCAGUGCGAGUUGGGAUGGCGAGGCUAUCCAAUGGGAUUUAAAUACAGGGCAAAAGAGUAGAACCUUCACUUCACAUGGAGCACAGCUCACAUGCAUCGCCGUGCGACCCGAGAAUGCAGUUUAUACAGACACAGGCUCGCCGAUCAUGCUCAGAUAUGAAGACAAGGGUCCCCAAGACACACAAACCGUCGAUCCACCCGCUUUUACUGGAAACACUCGUAUCGACUCCGAUACUAGAUCCGACGUGUCAUUUGACCCGUUAUUCGAUGACGAGCCAGAAGAUGGCCAUAAACCAUUCGUGGACGGAGUAACUUCCCAAGCUGUCCCAAUCGCCAAACCCAGUUUAAGUACUAUUGCACCUCCUAAAGGCGCACCACCAUUGUUAGAUUCUCAGCGAUACAAAACCUUCUCUCCUGAUAUACUUAUGACUGCUGCUAUUGACGGUCAAAUCAUGCUGUGGGACAAACGAGUAAAUACAAUUGGGCAAGGAGUAGGGAGACUCUGGAUAAGUGAGAAAACUCCUCCGUGGUGUCUUUCCGCUUGUUGGUCUGCUGACGGUAAUCAGAUUUAUGCUGGAAGGCGAAAUGGCACAGUUGAAAUUUACGACGUUCGACAAUCGGGACGUGCUACUCCCGAUGGCCCGAGGUUGCUCAAAACACUUCGCAAUCCUUCACGCUCCGGAGUUGUCUCAUGCGUUGUUGGAUUCCCGGAUAAUAGACAUAUAGCUUGUGCUUCUAUUGACAACAUACGUCUAUGGAACGCGGAAACCAUAGAGUCUGAUACUUCAGGUCGAACCAAAGGCGGGACCCAAUUCAAAGUCAUUCCUGGACAUCAUGGAGGGUUCAUAUCCCAAAUGUUGGUAGAUUCGGGAUCGAGGUUCUUGGUGAGCGCCAGUAGUAAUCGUAGCAAUCGCGAGUCCCAAGGUGACUCUACUAGAACGGUAUUUGUUCAUGACAUCCAACAUGUUCAAUGACACUUUGGGUAUUUUUCGGAAUCUUUAGACCCUUGUUCUGGGUCAAUAUUUCCAGCUCGAGCGCCGAGCCUUCCUAAAGCUUCAGGAUUUUUUAAGUAGACCGUGAUCUGAUGAGCGAUUCUGCCUGAUCCUUCGCGAAUAUCAAACUCAGGACUUACUUUUACCUGACAUCCGUCAUGCAACGAAAGCUAUCAUUUCAUACGAUGGUUGUUAUCGUCACA